AUGCGGGUCGGUGUCGACCGAGUUCGUGAGGCGCGCCAGCAGAAACUACGCAAGGACUUCGAGAGCAUUGCGUUCAAGAGUGGGAAGGGGGCCGAAGACUUCGCUCUCAGGCUCUCUAGCAUCGUCAGUGAGCUGCAGGGACUCGGCAAUGGCAUAACCAAGCUCAAGGCGAUGCAGAAGUACUUGUGCGUGGUGCCAGCAAGGUACGCGCAAAUGGCGUGCUACAUUGAGACACUCCUCGACCUAGAAGAUAUGUCUAUCGAGGAGUUGAGUGGGCGUCUUGCGGCAUAUGACGGGCGUGGCGAACCAGAGGUGGAAGUGGGUGGUCGUUUACUUCUGACACAUGAAGAAUGGCGUGCUUGUUCAUCCACCCGUGGAAGCGGUGAGGGGUUGGUCGUCGGCGGCGGUAAGCCACGAGAUAAGGGCAAGAAGCCACAAGGCCGUCCAAGAGAUGGUGGCGGAAACAAGAGUAACGGAGGUGGCAAGCCACUGCGUCGCAACAGCAAGUGCAAUUACUGUGGGAUCGAGGGACACUGGGCACGCGAAUGUCGCAAGGCUAAGCGCGAGCGAGGUGACCAAUGCAAGCGAGAGGAAGCACACAUGUCACAAGGACAUGAAGAAGAGUCGGCGGCUCUGUUAAUGGCUAUUGGGAGUGAUGUCAUUCCAGAUGUUAGAGUCGCGCCCAGAUCAUCCACGGCUUCCACACCGGGUUCCCAGGCUGUGCAGGAUGACAGCACAGGGGUACAACACGUCUUCUUAAAUGAAGAGCAAGGUGUGCCCACUGCCACUACGGACGGUCAUUGGUUCUUAGACACCGGAGCUAGCAAUCACAUGACUGAGAAAAUAGCAGCAUUCACCGAAAUUGACGAAAAAAUCAAAGGCAUGGGCAAGUUUGGUGAUGGUUCUAUGGUUGAAAUCCAACGGCGUGGAUCAGUUCUGUUCGCGUGGAAGAACAGUGAGCACAAGGUUCUGACCGAGGACUACCAUAUUCCUCGGCUGAAAACCAGUAUCAUCUCGCUAGGACAACUAGCUGAGGUGGGUUUCAAGACCGUCAUCAAAGAGGAUGAGAUUUUUCUAUACGAUCGUCGUCAUGUUUUGCUCGCUAAUGUCAAACGAAUGCGAAAUAUGUUGUACUCUGUGAUCUUGACUCCGACAAAACCGGUGUUCCGACAAUCAAUCGGCACGAGCAGAUGUGCUCUCGGUAAGCAACACCGUGCUCUAUUUUCUCACACCAUAGCGUAUCGCGGGAAAGAAUGUCUGGAACUCACCCACGGGGACCUCUACGGUCCGAUCACCCCGACAACGCUUGCCGUAAACAGGUACUUCCUUCUUAUCGUCGACGAUGCAAGCAGGUACAUGUGGGUAGAGAUGCUGAAAAGCAAGGAUGAAGCUUUGAGGUUCUUCAAGAAGAUCAAAGCAGUAGCUGAGAAUGAGUCUGGUCUCAUAAUAAAGGCAUUCAGAAAUGAUUGUGGCAGUGAAUUUAUCUCAGCCGAGUUCGCUGAAUUUUGCAGCGAGCAUGGACUACGACGACACACCACAGCCCCCUACUCGCCAUAA